AUGAGGGCACUCUCCCACCUAAAGAUUGAAGCCGGUCAAGGGUGUCAGAACAUGACCAUGUUGGCAGACGAUCUUUCACGAACAGAUAUCAUAAACCUGGGUCCCAAAUCCAAUACCAGUAGUGAGCAGGGGCCCAAAGCCAUUCCAAAUGUUGAACAACAUCCCAACGAACAUGGUGGGCCGGAAACCAAGCCCAAUAGCGAAAUUGGUUCUAAUACGCUAUUGACAAUAGGGUCGAGAAGGCGAUUCAGAAGCACGGCAGACGGGCUCGCAAGGGCGGACUACUCCGCGGCUAGCUGGGGUGCUACCGUUGUGGACCAUUCUGAGCCUCGUUAUGAGAGGGACUGGCCAUGGCUUGGUUGGUGGAGUACGUGGUGGAAUGGGGUUCACCAUAAAGCCAUUCAUAUGUUGAGCCCUAGUUUCGGAGAGCCAGGCCGGUGUUUUCCCUUGAAAGGGAGGAGUGGCUUUGUUGUGGUCAAGCUAAGGGAGCCUAUUGUGCCGGAGGCUAUUACUAUUGAACAUGUUUUGGAUAGUGUUGUUGAUGACAGGUCCGAUGCUCCCAAGGAUUGCCGUGUCACUGCUUGGUUGCAACAUGAUCGGUAUGAUGGCAAGAAGAAUGAGUUUGUUUUGGCCGAGUUCAGUUACGACGUUCGGAAGAGCAAUGUUCAGACAUUUGGUGUGUCGGGAUCGGUGGCGAAGGCCCGCGAUGAGGCCGUUGUUAACAUGGUGGAGUUGCAGUUUGGAUCCAACAAUGGAAGCCCCGUGUCUACUUGCAUAUAUCGGCUCAGAGUUCAUGGCCAUAAACCUCGAUCGUAG